AUGAAGCUCCCCAUCGCGAGAAGAAAUUCCAAAGAAGACCGACGGAAGGAGGAAUCGAGGCUAUUAGCGCUAGAGUCCAAUCACCGACAUUAUGUCGUGGAUGGUGAAGACUCCGAAGAAGUCGCUGUCGAAGCGAGGGAGAUCGUAAUCGUAGGUGUGGAUAGCGCGGACGCAAUCGAUGCGGACGAUUACGAUGCUCCAUUCUCGUGGAAAAAACUUUGGUUAUUUACUGGACCUGGAUUUUUUGAUGAGCAUAGCGUUUUUAAGAUCGGGAAAAUUUGGAAUAGGGAUCUUCCAGGCUGGGCGAUUGCUGGCUCGCUGCUAUGGGCUGCUGUGUGGGGCCACCGUCAUGGGGUUGCUUGAUCCAGAUUGCUAUCGGCCCGCGUCGGGUGUAGCCACCGGAGUCACUUGGCGGAGUUGUGUAGAAGGGGUAUCCCAAUUGCGGCUAGGUUGAUCUUGUGUGUUCAUGGCGGAGGUGCUCUUAUUGGGCUGAUAUAGGAAGUUAUAGGAAGUGCUAUUGCUCUACAUAUUUUGACAAUGGGGGUUUUGCCGCUCUGGGCGGGAGUGGGGAUUACAGCGUUGGAUUGUUAUGUUUUUGGUUUCUAGAGAAUUACCGGAGUGAGGGAAUUAGAAGCUGUUUUUGCAGUCCUAAUUGCAACUAUGGCCGUAUCUUGUGCGUGGAUGUUUGGUGACACCAAGCCAAAUUGGAAAAAACUUUUAGCAGGCAUUUUAAUUCCAAGAUUGGUUCAAAACAUUCGCAGUGUGGGUGUUGUGGUUUGUUAAUUGCCUCACAACGUGUUUUGCCACUCAGCUUUGGUUUGCAAUCAAGGAAGAUUGAUGUCAGAAGACAAGGUCGGGUUCAAGGAGGCCUGAAUUUACUACUUAAUCGAGUCAUCAGUUGCUCAUUUAGGUUCUUCAUUGAUCAACUUGUUUUGUGACAACUGUGUUCGCCAAGGAUUCUAUUGGUACUCAACAGCUAAUAGCAGUGUAGGGACUGGUAAUGCAGGGCAGUUCGGAGAAGAAUAUGGAGGAGGAGUUUUUCCUUCUUAUAUCUGGGGUAUUGGCUUGUGGGCAGCUGUACAAAGUAGUACGAUAACUGGACAUAUUGCUGGCCAGUUUAUUCAUGGGAGGUUUCUUAACCUUCGGUGAAGAAAAUGGCUGAGGGCCUUGAUAACACGAACGUUGUGCUAUUUGCCAAUAUGAUUAGUAGCUAUUGUUUUCAACACUUCUAGCUGCGUUGGUAUUUUAAAUGCAUGGGCACUGGAAUGGCUUUCGUCAUAUACAGUCCCUUUUGCACUUAUCCCCCUUCUUACCUUGGUGGGCCAAGGAGCAGGUUAUGGGGGUCUUUAAAUUGGACAUGUUCUCGAGGUAAGCUGUUGAAUUCCCCACUCUGAUUAAUCUUUACUUUUGGUGACCAGCCCAUUUUGAGUUUAUUGACAUGUGAUUUAGUUUCAAAGAGAAAUUGGAUACAAAAGGAAAAAACUUUGACAAAUUAAUUAAUGUAUUAACUAACAUCAACAAACUUCAUUUGUUAUUGGUUUAAUCAGUGUUAAAACCUUUCAAAGAGUUUG